UGCAGGGCGUUGUCUUCCUCACCACCCUCAUCAACUUCCACCUGGCGCUCUUCCACGCAGAGCCCAUCAUAAUCGCCGGCCUUUAUAUUGUCACGCGUGUCUUGGGCCGCUCCGCCGAUGACUUCUGUCUCGAGACAUGUCCCGAGUACUGAGCCCCGCCGCUCUCGACGCCGCCGCCACGGGCUACAUCACCCCGUCUGAGGAGUGUUCGGCCGCCGAGUUCCCUUUCUCCACCGCCCGAGAUACUUCAGGCUUCGUCGAACGACGUGUGGCUCCAAAGUGCCAACAUGCGCCCGCUCCUGCGGAUAGCCUCGCUCGCAUGCUCUCGCACGCUUACAAACACAAACCAGGCAGCAAAGUCAGCCUCCGCGAUAGGAUAUGUUGCUACCAGUGGACCUGGUUCACAAUGACCAUGGCAACCGGAGGAAUUGCUAAUGCACUGCACGCGAUAUGGACUGGCUACCAAACGAAUUGGCUUUACUAUAUCGGCUUGGCAUAUUUCUUGCUGAACUUAACCUUGUUCGUCAUGAACUGUGUCUUGAUCUCUUUGCGAUUUGCCUUCGUGUCAGGCAGCUUCAUCAACUCCUUCCGCGACCAGUUUGAGUCUCUCUUCAUUCCAGCAGUUGUUGUCUCCAUGGGAACCAUUCUCAUUAAUAGUUGCGAGUACGGCAUCCCACGAGCGCCGUGGUUGGCGCCAGUGAUGGUGCACCUCUAUUGGAUAUACAUAGCCGUCAGCAUGUUUGCCAGUGCUGGCAUGUAUUUGAUUUUGUGGUCAACGCAGAUUUUCCCGAUCCACACCAUGACACCUGUCUGGGUGUUUCCAGCAUACCCGCUGCUCCUGACAGCCCCUCUGGCAGGCAACCUUAUAUAUUCUGCAACAUUACACGGUUCGCAAGCAGAAAUACCAUAUGUAGCACUCGCCUUCAGUGCCGUGAGUGUUCAGGGAGCAGGGUUUCUGAUUAGCUUCAUGAUUUGCGCCGCCUUCAUCUAUCGACUCAUGACUCAAAAACUACCAAGAGACAUGCAACGUCCCGGUGUGUUCAUCUCCAUAGGCCCUGGAGGCUUCACGGUAGCUGGAAUUGUGCUUCUCGGCCAGCUCUCGGACCAUAUUAUCCCUGCCAAAUUUCAGGGCGAAGAACACGCAGUCUUCAUAGUACGAAUUCUGUCAGUCCUUAUUGGUCUUUGGCUCUGGGGGCUCAGUUUCUGGUUCUUCCUGGUAUCUGUUGGGUCUUUGUGGAAGUACCUCAUUCCCGGCCACCGCCUGCCCUUCCAAAUGACCUGGUGGUCGUUCGUCUUUCCGAACACGGCCCUGGUAACUGCAACCCUCCAGCUCGCUACGGCUUUAGACAGCCCCGGGUUCAGGGUUUUUGGCUGCGUCAUGGCAGCCUGCCUAGUCGUGGUCUGGAUUGCAGUGUUUGCAACCAUGAUACACUGCUUGGUGAAGAAGCAGCUUCUGUGGCCGGAACAGGCUUCAGAUGACUAGAUCCUGAUGUUUACUUCGAGAGCUGCAUUACCUCAAUAAAUUAUUGAUAUCCCUCAUAACUUGUGCAUACAAGUUAUU